UCGUCAGUGUUGUGGCGCGCGCGCGCGUGUUGGCCCAGUUUCUUUCUAGGUCUCGAAGCUUUUCUGAAGUCUCGCGAUAUUUUCGGUCUCGCUGUCGUCAGGGAUUUUUCCGUUUUCAUCAAUUUUACACCGCAGACAAACGCACCUGCGCGCGCCUGCGAGAGCACGCGCAAAUGCAGCAGAUCUGCGCGGGGAGGGCGGGGAAGCGCGCGCACUCGCGAACACUUUCUAUCAUUCAGAGAAGAGAGGCGGGAGCGCUGAUCCACUGAGUGACGGUCCGGACCGUCAAAACCAGAACCGGACCCGAUAUCGCAAAAAGCGAAGCGGCGCCAGAGAAACCCCACCGCGCGUGAACGCAGCGCGCGGGCGGUUUAGGUGAGGAGGAAGAACGGAGAGCAGGGAACCGCAGGGCUCACCGCGCGCGCCCGGACCGGACGAGGUUCGGGGCUUCUUUCUCAAAGCGGGUUUUCUCCGGACGCAGCGCGCGUGCAGCGCCCGGUCCCACGCUUACGCCGUUACGCGGCGGCAGCCGGAUCCAGACCGCUGCAGAUGGGUUAGGACCGGCCGGUUCCGUCCAGAGCCGCACGUCGAACCCCUGAGGGGUCCGCACACACCUGCCCGCGCGACGUGCGCGUCCGUGAGAUGUAGAAGCCGCAGAGCCGAACCGCAGGUGCCGCUUCUGUGCGCCAGAACCCGGAGCGUCAGCCAGAACCCAGCAGAACCAUGCCGGCUGGGAUGAAGCCGCUUGAGAAGUUCCUGAAAAAGCAGACCACCGCGCUGACCCGGGCCGGGGGCUUCGUUGGGGGGGUGGGGGACAAGGCCAGCGGCGGGACCGCGGCGUCCAGGAGGAGGGCCAGCCUGUCCCGGGUCGUCCCGUUCUUCAGGGAGACGUCACCGGAGAGCGGCCACGCGCGGGAGGUCUUCAGCCCUGACAGCGAGGACCCGCCCUCCUGGCCCUGUGCAGCGGGAACCGGUCUGGUCCCGGUGGCGAGCAGCGCUAACAGCUCCGGUUCUGGAGGCGGGGACGUCCGCAGCCCGUCUCUGUCCAGCGACGAGCAGAACUCAGAGGCCAGCCUGAUCGCAGAGACCAGCGGGGGAGGGGGGACCCCCCUCCCCCCCGACACGCCGGACAACCUGGCGCUGGCGGUUCUGGACAGCGUGGCGGGGAAGCGCUUCAGCCACUGCUCAGAAACCCUCCUGGAUGACUUCAUGCUGACACAUCCCAUCUUCCUGACAGCCGACAGGCUCCAGCAGGUCCUGCUGCAGCAAUUCAGCGCCGGAGACGAGGGGGGUGGGGGGAGGAGGGACACGGAGGCGACACUGAGCGCCACCGAGAGGAAGCAGGCGGUGCUGCAGGUGGCGUUCAGGUACCUGGACACCUACAGAGAGCUCCUGCAGGAGGAGGGGGAACGCAGCAACAGCUUCCCCAAGGAACUGUGCAGGAACGCACUGCAGGACCUGAGCCAACAUCCAGAACUGGUGGAAGAUGUUCUGAAGCUGCAGAGGUGGACGGAGAUCCUGCACUGCCCCUCUGCAGAGGAGAGGGAGAGCAGGAAGAAGCAGGUCCGUCCGCUUUUCCGCCACUUCCGCCGCAUCGACGCCUGUCUGCAGCCCAGAGAGGCGUUCAGGGGCUCUGAUGAGAUCUUCUGCAGGGUGUACACCCCCGACCACUCCUACGUCACCAUCCGGAGCCGCCUGUCCUGUCGGGUCGGAGAGAUUCUGGCUCUGGUCAAAGAGAAGCUACAGUACAGCGAAGAUCAGCCGGUUCUGCCCGGAAACCUGGUUCUAGUGGCUGUAACAUCAGCAGGAGAGAAAGCGGUGUUUCGUCCGAGCGACGAGGCCGUCUUCACCACGCUGGGCGUCAACACUCACCUGUUCGCCUGCGAACCGUCUGAGCUGGACUCGCUGCUUCCUCUUCCUGAGGAGAUCCACUGGACUCCAGGCGACAGCAAACUCCACGACAUGUCAGCCGAGGAGGUCGCCAACCAGCUGGUGGUGUUCGACUGGGAGCUCUUCAGCUGCGUCCACGAGGUGGAGUUCGUUUGUUACGUGUUCCACGGCGAGCAGUCCCGCUGGCGCCCCCUAAACCUGGAGCUGGUACUGCAGCGCUGCAGUGAGGUGCAGCACUGGGUCGCCACUGAAAUCCUGCAGUGUCAGUCUCUGCCGAAGAGGAUCCAACUGCUCCGCAAGUUUAUCAAGAUCGCAGCACUCUGCAAGCAGCAGCAGGACCUGCUGUCCUUCCUCGCCGUGGUUCUGGGCCUGGACAACCCGGCCGUCAGCAGACUGCGGCUCACCUGGGAGGGUCUCCCAGGAAAAUUCAGGAAGCAGUUUCAGCUGUUUGAGAGCAUUGCUGAUCCUUCAAGGAACCACAAGUCCUACAGAGACGUGAUCACCAGCCUCAGACCUCCGCUGAUCCCCUUCACUCCUCUGCUGCUGAAAGAUCUGACGUUUCUCCACGAGAGCUGCAAGACGUUCCACGGUGACCUGGUGAACUUUGAGAAGAUGCAUAAAGUUGCUGAGAUGGUGAGGAUUAUCCGCCGGUACCGGAGCAGCCAGCUAGCCAUGGAUACGGAGACGUCCCCCUCCCACCUGCAGACCAAGGCCUACGUGCGACAGCUACAGGUGAUCGACAACCAGAACCUGCUGUUCGACAUGUCCUGCAAGCUGGAGCCCAAAGACACAUAGAGAGGAGGAGGAGGAGGAGGAGGAGCAGCGGUCUGAGCUCCUCUUCCUCGCCUUUCCGGAGCGACCACACAAGACUGGAAACCCGCUUUUAUUCUAAAACUCAUAGAAGCGGGCCCCUAACCCACGUCUGAACCCAGAGAACUGGAUUUGCUGUUGGAGCGACUGACAGUCCUGCUGCAGCCAAUCACAGCUCAUCUGCAGAGGACGCGAAAUGACGGAACCUUCUGGGUUCAGCCCAGGAACCGGUUCCACAAUGAGAAACACCGAGCCAAAGCUCCACAACAGGAGCUGAUGUCACUCUGGACUGUCUCUGCCCCCUGGAAGAACGAGUACAUCCCAAACUCAGACGUGGCGUUUUUAUCCAGAAACACGACUUUACUACCUGUUUGCUAAAGAGCACGAAAGCAGGAGAAGAGCCAUGAUUUACCUUCAACACUACAGAACCGCCGCCGGACAAACUGUGGCGUCCCGCGGGGGCGCUCUCUUCCAGGUUCCAUCCUCUCGGACCCUGAAUGCACCACGCACUGCUGGUGGGCUGAUGACGCGUUCGGGCGCACAGGACAAAUGUGUAGAUGCUGGUUUUCUACCAAGACCCGAGUCGAGAACGCAUCAGAUCCAAGCUGGUUCCUAACGUCCGGCCGCACAUCUGCCAUAAAAAUGUGAAAUAUUGCAAAUCUGUUUGGGCUGUGGUUCCGGUCCGUGGGCGCCCCAUUUCCCAGCCAGCUGUGGAUGACCUCACACUCCGGCUGCCGUCACACCCAACCGACCCGCCGACAACCGGCCGGUUCUGCAGAACGUCUUUGGCAAUAACGACAGGAAGUGGAUCCAGUCGGCCGAGCCGUCGCAUCAACGAAGCACUUUUCGCCAAACCUCAGGGCUCAAAGACAUGGAGAGGUUCUGUUUACGCUUUCUUCUCAGUUUCAGUAGAGUUUGGUUCUGUUGAGUCCAGUUGUGCUGCGAUCAGUUGGUUCUGUGUUUGUACAGCUGAUCCCACUUCAGUCAUAUUUAUAUCAAUAUUGAAAGUUGUUUUUUUGCCGUGACCGUCACCAGAGCCGAGGCCGACCUCAGAACCGAGCCGGGUUCCUGAUCCACAGCAGAACAGGUUCUGCAAUGUUCUGGUUAAAACAUCCUCGCCACACUCAUAACGCAGCAUUGAUCAGUGCAGCUCACAAGUUUGAUUCCCGGCUUCUGCGCAGGUGUUUCACCUGAGGUGGACUUGAUUGCAUCAGAACCGCAGAGGUUUCUGAGCAGAACCGCUGACUGGGUCACGUCAUCACUGAUGCGCCUUCUAAUGCCUGCAGCGGCUCUGAAACGUUCACACACAGAUGAAUUCAUCUACUUUAUUUAAUUCUUUACCUAUUUUCACAAAUCAUUAAAUUUGACGUCCGAGAAGAAAUGUGACCAAACGACACCAGACACGCUGUCUGUGGAUGAAAGCCACGAUGAUUGACCUUUGAACUUGUGAGUUCUCAGGAGAAGCUGGAGGGGCUGAUGGCGCCAGAACCUCACAGGAGGUCGGUCCUACACCCGCCAUGACACCUGAGGUUCCUGCGGUCCUCGGUUCUGGUGAUCAGUGAACUUCAUUUCCAUCUGUAUCAUAACAUCUGCCUGAUGAAGCCACGCCCCUCCAGAACCGACUCAUCCGGGUUGGAUGUGAGUCGAUUCUGGACAGAAACGUGUCCAGCAGAACCAGACCUUCCGUCCUCGGGAUGAGUCCAGACCCUCAGACUGCAGCGUCUCAGAAGCUGUUUGGACUCGAUGGGUUCUGGUUUAGUUGUGGUGGUCUUGAUCGGGUCACUUUGGUAAGGUCUGAUUCUGGUGGGUCUGAGCGUGGAACCCACUCUGCUGCUGGCUCCCUCAGAACCUCUCCCUAGGUUCUGGGCCUUUCCUCGGAUCCCUCCAGAGUUGGAGCUGGAACUCAGGUCCAACUUCUUCUAACCUCAAACUCAGACGUUCUGACCCAAACCGCUCUUCUCUGACCUCACUUCCUGUUCUGAGGAUCAUCACAGCAUCAGCUCAAACUCUGCUGGGACCCGGCGGGCAGGUGGCUGUCCACUCUGCCACCAGCACGCUAACCCCUGUACAUACUACAGCCGUGUAAAUACGCAAAUAGUAUCGGAGACUCUAUUUUACGUAAGAGAGUGGGCGGAGCUAACUCAAGGAGAACUGUUUGGUGUUUUUAUUUGUGAUGAAGACUUUCUGAAACCUUUGUUUGCCGGUUCUGUUUUCUAUCGGACCUUUCCUCGUUUGCUUUUUGUACAGCAGUGGUUGUUUACAUCAUAGAGUCCCCUCUUGUGAUGCAGUGUGAUUGGAGCACAGGUGUGAUGGGGCGGGGCUUCAUACAUUAUUGAAACACCGUUGCUUUAAACAUGAAAAUUAAAGAUAUAAGAUGAAAACAGCA